AUGGGCGCGCACAGCCCGCCACGAGGAGCGGCACGGACACGUUGCCGCGCGGCACCCCACACGUGUACCCACGCGCGCCUCCCCCGCUCCGUUCAUAAAACCGAGGCCCUCGGCUCCACCGCUCGGCACUUCUCUAUCGUAUCGCCAGUCCAGCACGCAGUCCACAGCAAGCGAGCAAAGAGAAGAGAGAAGACCAGCUGCGAGGAGGAGAUGGGCAGCAGGCUUGACGCGCACACGCUCAAGGACGAGGUGGCGAGCAUGGACCGCCGCCCGCUCCUCGACCUCGGCCACCCGCUCCUCAACCGCGUCGCCGACAGCUUCAUCCGCGCCGCCGGAGUCGGAGCGGCGAGGGCGGUGUCGCGGGAGGCCUACUUCGUCGCAGUCGAAGGGAUGUGGGGAGACUCGACGGGGCUGGACAGCACCGCCAAGAGGAGCCAUUUCUCCAGCGCCAGAGGGGAUGACGGCCAGAAGUCGCUCGACGCAGUGGUUAAAUCGGCAAGCAAGGAGGCCAUCCAGUGGGGAUUGGCAGCCGGAGUCUACUCUGGGAUAACGUACGGUCUGAGAGAGGCAAGAGGACACCAUGACUGGAAGAACAGCGCGAUAGCAGGGGCGAUUGCGGGAGCGGCAGUCGCGCUGACCGGGGACAACGGGCACUCCGACCACGUCGUCCAUUUCGCCAUCACCGGAGCCGCACUGUCGAGCGCGGCGACCAUGCUCUCCGGCAUAUUCUAA